CUCUCUGUACUCAUUACUUUCUAUAACAAGCAUGAAAUAUGUGCAUUUUUUCAAACUUUUCUUUUUGGUUUUUCAGCAUUUUGGAAGAAGUGUGGAAUACAUCAUUGUAAUUUUUGUCCUUAUUCAACGGUUUUCAAAGCAGACCUAACAAGGCAUAUCAGAACUCACACUGGGGAAAAACCCUAUCAGUGCAACGUUUGCAAAAAAUCUUUUAAUCAGAAGUGCAAUUUAAAGAAGCACUUACAUACUCAUUAUAAGUUAGCCAUGUAUAAGUCUGUUUUAUCAAACUUUUCUUUUGGUUUUUCAGUCAUUUUGAGGAAGAGUGGCAUACAUCAUUGUCAUUUUUGUUCUUAUUCUACAAUUUUCAAGACAGAUCUAACAAGGCACAUCAGAACUCACACUGGUGAAAAACCUUAUCAGUGUGCCAUUUGUAAGAAACGCUUUAAUCAGAAGGGCAAUUUAAAGAUGCACAUGCUUACUCAUUAUAAGUGAUCCAUGUGAAGUAUUACAUGUAAUGCAUGUGUGUAUUGUACUCACAAUAACAUUUCCUAUAAAUGUUAAUGCUUGUGUCAUAUGUGAAAAUUUUUCCUAUUCCUUGUAAUUUCUUUAAUUACAUGUUUUAUUGAUUUUCAAUAUAUUUUCUAAUUUGUUAUGAUAGAACUGAAGUUUUCCUUUCUUAUUGUUGUUUAAAAGGAGAUUUAAUUUUGCAUAUUUUUUACUAAAAGUGAAAAUCAGUGAAGCUCAGUUUUUGCAAUUGUUUGU